AUGGCGAUACUGCAGUACAACGUGUAAAUUUCAGGAGGCGUUGAGGGGAUCGGGGUAUACGACAUAUUUAACUAAACGUUUUGAUUUAGAAGAAUUACAGACCAUGACUGAUUGGGCAAAUUUCUCAAACACUGCUGCACAGGAGGGUGAUGAUAGAAUUGCUGAUAAUGCGGUCGGUGAUUGGGGAAAUGAUGAAGACGAUGAUUUUGGAGGAUUUGAGACUGCAGAUCCUCCAGAAGUUGCCAGUCAAGCUGUUCAGCUAGCCAGUCCAUCCCCAUGGGCCAGCUUCCCACCUACUGUUGCCAGUCCUGGUCAGCCAGACCUUCUACAGGCUCAAAGUCUGCCACAGCCAUCCGCAUGCUCAUUGGAUUCUGACCCAAUUUUUGUCAACAAAAGAUAA